AUGGCCACAGACGGCGGUAACGCCAUCCCUCUCCCGGAUGUCAUGAAGACCUACACCCGGCCAAACAUCGUCAACUUCAUCCACUCCAACACCUCCAAAAAUAGUUGUGGUGGUUUUCACCGCGCUAGCCAGGAUGCCUUCAGAAACAUGUGUCGUGGCGGUAGGAUCUUCGCCCCUACCAAGAUCUGGCGCCACUGCCACCGUAAGAUGAAUGUUAACCAAAAGCAAUACGCAGUGGUUUCUGCCAUCGCCACCUUAGCCGUCCCCUCACUCAUGAUGGCUCGUGGGCACAAGAUUGAACCCGUCUUGGAGCUUCCUCUAGUGAUUGGAGAUUCGACCGAGAGCGUCGAUAAGACAUCAACGACGAUUGAUAUUUUGAAGCAAGUUGGUGGCUUGUCCUGA